GUUUGCAUCAUGGUAGCAGGAAGUUUGUAUGUUCUGUAACUUUUAGAACAUCCUUUUUUUUUGUAAUGUUCUGCUGAUGCUGUUACUGUUGAGUAAACUUAAAAACACUUUUUGUCCACUGACUAAAGCCAUCUGUAUAAGCUGUGCACUGAUUCUCUUGAACAUCUACCAAACCAGCACUAUGAAUGAAUUGCCCACAGUACAUCACUUGAUGACAACUCUCAAGUCUUCUCCAGCAAACUUCACUCAGUGUUUACUAACGCCUCCCCCUGGGUUAUCUCCCAAAGUAGGCAUUGCCAUCCUCUCCCUUGCUUUUAUUGUUGGUUUCUCAGGAAAUGCUUUUAUUAUAUGGACAAUAUUGUUCCGAAUGAAGAAACGUACAGUCACCUGCAUCCUGAUCUUCCAUUUGGCUGUGGCCGAUAUAAUGGUAAUACUCACAGCACCAUUUUUCCUGCAUCUGCUCUCAACUGGUAGCUGGACUUCUGGGAAUGCUAUUUGUAAGCUCUGCCACUACAUUGGCUGCUUGAGUAUGUAUGCCAGCAUAUUCCUCAUUACUUUUAUGAGUGUGGACCGUUUUUUAGCAGUGGCUAAACCUUUCUCUUUUCAGAAGCUUAGGACCAAGCCAGUGAUCAGAAUGUUAGUUUUUGCCAUAUGGGUGUUAUCAUUUCUGUUAGCCAUCCCAAUGUUAAUCUAUCGCAUAGUGAUACCUAUACGUGGCAUGCAAAUCUGCUAUCCCUGCCAUUCCAAUUUUCAACAAUUAAUCCUUCAGUAUCUCUUUGAAAUUAUAAUUGGCUUUGUUAUCCCAUUUACAGUCAUUGUGUAUUGCUACACUUACAUUGGCAUAAGGUUGCGUAGUGCUAAGUUCCAGAGCAAAGAGAGGACAAGUCGAUUGGUUGUCUUGAUUGUCGUAACUUUUUCCUUAUUUCUGAUUCCUUACCAAGUAGUAAAUAUUCUGCAGGUUUCAGGGAACCUGAUCACGGGUCCUACAGCAGAGAAGCUCAAGCAAGCAGCUGCUUUUGCCCGACCCAUUGUAACAGCACUGAUUUUCCUGAGCAGCAGCAUCAACCCUAUCCUCUAUGGGUUUGCUGGUGGCACCUUUAUCAGAACUGCUGGUAUAGGGUUCAUGGCAAAGCUCUUUGAAGGAACUUCUUCUGAGGUCUCCAGCUUACGUAAGGUCUCCCAAGUCUUCCGUCAACGUAGCAGAAAUGAAUCAGUGGAAAUGGGAAAACGAGGGGAGGAGAUAAAGACAUUGUCUCUUAACCAAUGAUGACAAUUAGCAAAAAAAUUUAUGACUGCAUAAAAAAACAGCAGACUAAAAGAGACAAUAAAUACCUUGAUAUUUAAUAUAAAAUGUUUAGUUAUACAUAGUAAAACCAAUUUGACCUAUUUUCAUGUAAUAUAGUGCUGAAUAUUGUGGCUUUCUAAUUCUCAGCCUUGGAGAAUCGCACUGCAGACUUCUCAAGACUAACCCUGCUACAUAUAUUUCCCUAACUUUACUAUAUAACAAGUACCAUUAUACUAGCAAUAUGACUGUUCCUAACCUUGUUGUCUGCAUACUCAACCCCAGAUUGGCUUCCCCAAAAGAGGCCAGUGUGGUGGAUUUUGGCUAUUGAGAAACAAAUUCAGCAAGCAAAAUGUUUGUUUUAAAAAAUAUUUAGACAUUUCAAGGUGUACAUUUAAGCUGUAAUUUAAAACCUUUUUAAAAACCUACCUCAAUGCUAACUGUAACUAAUGUGAUAAUGAUGUAUAAUCCUGCUAGAAUUUCACAAUCUCUUUACAGAUCAAAUGAAACCUGAUUUUGAUGAUAGAUAAAUGUGAACAUUUUAUAUAUAGAUAUAUAGGUACAUGAACAUUUUUGUUUUAUUCUAUAAACAUUGACAAAAUGUAUCCCAAAUUCCAAAUAAAAAUAUUGUUAUUUAGAGCA